AUGGCGGAGCAAAAGAUUGCCACGAGACUCGUCAGACUUUAUGUCCCCUCGGAUGCAAACGAGCCUCUCUCGAAUCACAGGCUGAUGUUCGAUCUGCAGACUCCUUCAAAAGCGAGAUUCAAUUUCGCAGAGCUCUCCUCGUGGGCCCAGAUCAUUUUCACGGCGCCAUCAGGAAAAGAAUCACUCUGGGUCGCUCACAGGAGCAACGAGCCUGGUUUCAUACUCUCCAUCAUCGCAGACGAAAUUGCAGAAGCAGAAACCGACCUCGCGGAUUCUUGGCAACUCGAAUCAAAGCCAUAUCCAUUUAAGCCAAUGGAGAGCCCACGAAGCUUCUAA